AAGAUUUUGUGAUUCAAGCUAAGGCUGACUGCUACUUCACCAACGGGACAGAAAGGGUGCAAUUUGUGGUCAGAUUCAUCUUCAACAUGGAGGAGUAUGCACGUUUUGACAGUGACCUGGGCAUGUUUGUGGCGUUGACGGAGCUGGGACGGCCGGACGCUGAGCUGUGGAACAACCGUCCGGAUAUCCUGGAGAGGAGCCGAGCGUCGGUGGAUGAGGUCUGCAGGCGGAACUACGAGCUGGGUGCGCCUGUCACUGUGCGGAGGAAUGUGCCACCAGAGGUGACAGUGUAUCCAGAGAGGCCUCCAGUCCUGCAGCAGCACAACCUGCUGCUCUGCUUGGCGACGGGCUUCUACCCAGGGAACAUCAAGAUCAGGUGGUUCCGAAAUGGGCAGGAGGAGAGGGAUGGCGUCAUCUCCACUGACCUCGUCAGUAAUGGAGACUGGACCUUUCAGACCACGGCGAUGCUGGAAAUGACUCCUAAACUUGGAGAUGUCUACACCUGCCUUGUCGACCACCCCAGCCUGCUGAGCCCUGUUUCUGUGGAGUGGAGAGCUCAAUCUGAAUAUUCGUGGACAAAGAUGCUAAGUGGAGCUAUAGCCUUCCUACUUGGGUUUAUCUUCCUUCUGUUGGGGGUCGUCAUCCACCUCAGGGCUCGGAAAGGUAAUGAGCCUCUGAUGGGGCCCUAAAGAAGGGCCUGUGGCUUCCCCCACUUCCCACCUUCCCUAACAUCAAAUACCUGAAACGAGGAACGAUGACUGUACUUCUCAGGGACCACUGGGUAGUUUUCCUGAAGCCAGAAACAUUCCAGGUCAUAAGAAGAGAGAGCAUUCUGAU